AGAGUUCAAAAUCCUGGUUCUGGCUGGGUGCUGGCUGGGCUGGAGCUAGAGAUGUGAAUUCUGGGUCAAAUCAAUAAAUCAAAAUCAAUAUAGUAUCUUUGACAAUGGCUGUCACGGGUGCGAUCCGUAGCAAAAUCAAAAGAAAAUGAAGAAAUAGUGAAAUAAAUUGCUCAAAUUGCUUUUGCAAAAUAAAUAAAUACAUAGUGAAUAUGAUAGUAUAUUAAAUUUAUUGUACUAAUUAGGUAUGGAAUCGAUUACGGUGGAGUUAAGUGUACCAUGUUAUUACACUUUAUUUUUCACAGAAGCUGAACCUACAGAACUGUCUCAAAACCAGGUUAUAUUACAAGAUGGUGUUUUUGGCGAGUUGGGAGCAGGCCUUCCCACUCAGGAUUCACUUCUUAGCCCAGACGAUGUAUUGGCGCAGUUUCUUACCGAGGAAGAGUUGUUAGAAGAGCCUGAUCUGAAUGGACCCACCACCCUGCACUGUGAAAUAUGCAGCAAAAAAUUUGACAAUGCCAAGAAGUAUUAUGGUCAUCUGAGAGUACAUUCCAAACAUAAUCUUUGGAUUUGUGAAAAUUGCCCGGACCUAAAGUUUUCCACCAAGCAGCAGCUCAUGAAACACAGCCUCACACACCAACCCCUCGAGCGCAUGUGGCGUUGUCCUCAGUGCACCCUGUCCUUUGAAGCUCUGUGGAGGUUGCAGCAACACUUAUUCGCGAAACAUCGCACACACAGGCCACACAAAUGUGAUAAGUGUGACAAGACUUUUAACAAACCCUGCGAUCUGAAGAAACACAUAGAAGUGGUGCACGAAGGUAUCAAGAAGCAUGGGUGUACGGUUUGCAGUGCGAUGUUCAAGGACAAGUCGAACUUAAAACGGCACAUGCUGCGCCAUACUGGGGAGAAACCAUUCUUUUGCCCCGGCUGUGGGAACAGAUUUCAGCAGGUGGCUUCAUUGAAUCGACACAAAGCUAAAUGUCCCCUUAAUAAACAUAACACCGAAACAGAAGACAAAACAACCAGGAAGAACUACUGCCGGGUGUGCGGCAUGACAUUCCAGUACAAGAGUGCAUUGCUUGAGCAUUCCGUUAGGGAACAUAAUAACAACAACAACCACGAAAACAACAGCAGCAACAACGACAACAACAGCAGCAACAACAACAACGACAAUAACAAGAGCAACAUCAACAACGACAACAGCAUCAACAACCACGACAACAACAGCAGCAACAACAAUAACAUCAACAACGACAAAAGCAGCAAUAACAACAGCAUCAACAACCACGACAACAACAGCAGCAACAACAACAACAACGUAAACAACAACAUCAUUAACAACCACGACAACAACAGCAGCAACAACAACAACGUAAACAACAACAUCAUCAACAACCACGACAACAACAGCAGCAGCAACAACAACGUAAACAAUAACAUCAUCAACAACCACGACAACAAUAGCAGCAACAACAACAACAACAUCAUCAACAACCACGACAACAACAGCAACAACGUCAACGACGAUGCAAAUGAGCCUGAAGAACCAGAAAAGCCUACUCAGUUGCCAGCAAAGCCGGCCAGAACUGUCAACAAUAUUGUAGAUGACAUCCUUUCUGCCGAAGACGAGUACAUUACCACGCAAAAUGAAAUCGAUGUAAACACUCCCGUUGAAGUCGACACCAACACAGAUAAACUCAUGCAGAUAGAAUUUCUCAAAGAAAUGAAUCAAUUGCAUAUACUUGACGAUGAAUUGUUCGACAAUGAUUAUGAUUUGGACAGUUUUCAAAACACUACAAAUAAUACAAAUAUAGAUGAUAACGAUGAAAAAAAUGGUGAAAUUUUCGAUUUUACUGAAGCUGACAAGGGCGUAGAUCAAGACAUAAUGAACGCGCUGUACGAAGUGAAAGCUGACAAUUUGCCAGAUGAAUUGCUAAAUGUAGCUGAGGGUAGUUUUAUCGAGAAGCCGGCAGAAACAGGGGACCCUCCAGUUACGGUCAACGAAUGCGCUACGAUAUUCGAAAGUGAUGUAGAUUUAGAAUCCAGUGCCAAUUUGGCGGCGAAUUUGAGUCAAUUGAUUGGAGAGAACAGUGUACAGUACAUAUCGACCGAGGACGAUGACACGUUUAUUAUAAGUUUAAAUAGUGAAAUCGACGCGGCGCAAUUAAGCGACAUGCUGAAUAUAGGACUGGCUGGUGAUAGUAAUAACAAAAAUGAAGCUGAGACUGAAAAUGUAAAGAAAGAAAUGAAUAAUUAUGCAAUUGCAGACGGAUAUACGGAUAUUAUGCUAGGACUUGAAGGAUCAGUAAAUAAACCGGUGCAACCGAUCGCUGCUAAUGAUAAUAGUUUAAGUAAAGCUAAAGGGCGUAAAAAAAGACAAAAGAAGACCGUACUCUAUGUUUGCCACACUUGUAACAAAAUCUUCCAUAAGAGGGAUAACUACAGAUCUCAUUUAGCAACUCACAACCCAUCGCUGCGUCGGCACUGUUGCAUCGUGUGCGGGCGCCGCUUCUGCUACCGCUCGACGCUGAACAAGCACUUCGCCGCCAGCCACCGCCCCAUCGUGCUCAGCGCGCACAGCUGCCAGCGCUGCGGGAAGCAGUACAGGGCUGCUUGGAUGCUGAAGGACCACAUGGCGCGGGACCACGAGGGGCACUACCCGCACGCGUGCGACUACAAGGGCUGUUUCAAGAAGUUCUUCAAGAAGUUUGAUCUCGUUGUGCACAUGAGGCAACACACGGGCGAGCGGCCGUACGCGUGCCAGAUCUGCCGCAUGACGUUCCCGCAGCUGUCGCACCUCAAGCGGCACCAGCGACACGUCGACUGCACCAAGAGGGUACGAAAACCACCGGUCGAUGUAUCAGUAUUACGUGCUAAAUCGGAGAAGCUUCCAACUAUGGAUUUCAGAUUUAUUACAUUAAGUGACAUUAUAAUAUAAAUAAAAUACAUGUUAAUCAGAAAA